AUGGCAUUUCGCUCCAAAUCCACCACCUUUCCCAAGGAAGUCACAGUCCUCGUUAUCGGUGACAAAUCCACCGGAAAAUCCACCCUCAUUUCCGCCAUGGCUUCCGAUUCUUUCUCCUCCACGGUUCCUCCGAUGCUUCCACCCACUCGUUUGCCUCCUAACUCCUUCACCGAUUCCACUCCUCUCGUCGUCAUUGACACACCUUCAAGUGUGGUACAACAAGGUAAGCUUAGUGAAGAAUUGAAGCGUGCUGAUUCGGUGGUUGUAACCUAUGCUUGUGAUGAUAGCGUGAGUUUUGAGCGUGUGAGUUCUUACUGGUUGCCUGAAUUGCAGAAGCUUGAGGUGAAGGCACCUGUGCUUGUGGUUGGUUGUAAGCUUGAUCUUCGCAAUGAAAGAAUGCAAGUUAGCUUAGCGAGUCUCACCACAGGUAUCAUGAACCAAUUCAAAGAAGUUGUUACCUGUAUUGAAUGCUCUGCAGCUACACUUUAUCAGGUUCCUGAAGUUUUUUAUUUUGCACAAAAAUCGGCACUUCAUCCUGUGGAUCCUUUGUUCGAUUAUGAUUCAAAUGCUUUAACAGAUCGGUGUGUAAGGGCGUUAAGGAGGAUUUUUAAUCUUUUUGAUUUCAAUCUGGAUGGCAUCUUCACUGAUCGUGAUCUAUACGAGUUUCAGACUAGAUCCUUCGGUGCAGAACUUCUGCAGUCUGACAUAGAUCAGAUCAAAACAAUGGUAGAGCAGAAUGUCCCUGAAGGAGUCAAUUCUCAUGGUCUUACUUUUCGUGGCUUCAUUGAAAUCCAUAAUAUGUUUCUAAAGAAAGGGCGACCAGAGACAUUCUGGGCAGUUCUAAGAAAAUUUGGAUAUGGUAACGAUUUAAAAUUGCGGGAUGAUUUUCUUCCUGUUCCAUCUAAGGCUUCUGAUCAGAGUGUGGAGCUGAGCGGUGCAGCCAUAGAGUUUCUGAAAGGUGUCUUUAGAUUGUUAGAUACGGAUAAGGAUCAAUUACUACGGCCUGCAGAAAUUGAUAAACUAUUUGAUGCUGCUCCAGAAAGUCCGUGGAAGGAUGCUCCAUAUAAGGAUGCAGCUGAGACAACUGAAAUGGGUUCUAUAACUUUAAACGGAUUUUUGUCUCAGUGGGCCCUUAUGACUUUACUGGAUCCAAAAUAUAGCUUGGCCAAUUUGAUUUACACCGGAUGUAAACUUAAGCCUGCUGCAGCACUCCGUGUCACUCCUAGAAGAUCAGAAGAACGCAAGAAGCAAAAAACAGAAAGAAAUGUGUUCCAAUGCUAUGUUUUUGGUUCUAAAAAUGCAGGAAAAUCUGCUUUUUUAUUUUCAUUAUUGGGAAGGUCUUUCUCAGAUUUCUAUACUCCGACAACUGUUGAGCAGUAUGCAGCAAACAACAUUGAAUUAACAAAGGGAACUAAGAAAACUCUCAUAUUGCGUGAGAUUCCAGAGGAUGAAGUAUCAAGUUUUUUAUCAAAAAAGGACUGUCUUGCUGCAUGUGAUGUAGCUGCUUUUGUACAUGACAGCUCAGAUGGAUAUUCAUGGAAGAAAUCCAUAGAUUUGCUCGAGAAAGUUGUUAACCAAGGAGAGCUAACUGGUCACAAAUUUCCUUGCCUCCUCAUUGCUGCUAAGGAUGACUUAGCUCCAUUCCCAAGGGCAGUAUUAGAUUCAUAUAAGGUUGCUCAGGAAUUGAAAAUAGAUGCACCUAUUCGAGUGAGUAUGAGAUCAGGUGAUUCAAACGAUGUCUAUAGUAAGAUUGUCAAUGCUGCAGAACACCCUCAUUUAAGUAUUCCAGAAACUGAGUUUGUGAGGAAAAGAAAGCAACAACAGCAACUUCUCCACUCUUUCAUUUUUGCCUUAGCUGGGGCUGCUAUGGCAUUUGCGGGUUUGACAGUUCGUCGUGUACGUGCAAAUAAGAAUUCUUCUUAG